AUGGUGAAAAAGAAGAUGCUGGAACCGGGUUUUCAAGACCAGACUCGCGAGCUGCUCCUGCUUCAUCACAGCACUCUCUACACUCGUCAGAAACGACGCGCUAAAUCUGGCCAGCAAUUGCACAUCAUCCGCUCUCUGGCUGAAAUUGGCAAGCGUCACUCAGCUAAAGACGUCAACAAAUGUGAGUUUGUUCAACCACUCUUCGUUAGCUCAUCUCUCAUUCGUCGGGAACAAUAG